AGUGUGUCCAGGCAGCCAGACGCACGCGAGCCUUUGAUCUCCGUUGUUUCCUCUUGAGAUUGCAGUCAUGGGAUUUUUCUUUAGUUCAUUUCGACAGAAUUUCUAUUAAACCUAUCCCCUGCUCAGUAAUUAGAGGAGCCGUGUCGCCAGUCUGCUGAAAGAUGUGUGAAUCCUGGGAGACACUCGAAGAGUAAAGCGUUCCCGUGUCUGUGUUUCUCUCCUGAAAUUUAGCUGCAGUCAGUAAUGUUCACGUUCGCUGCCUUCUGUUACAUGCUUUCCCUCGUCCUCUGUGCUUCCCUCAUCUUCUUCGCCAUUUGGCAUAUAACAGCCUUUGAUGAGCUUCAUGCAGACUUCAAAGUCCCGAUUGAUCAGGGCAAUCCAUUCCAUGCACGUGAAAGACUUCGGAACAUUGAGCGAAUAUGCUGUCUGCUCCGAAAGCUGGUGCUUCCAGAGUAUUCGAUCCACGGCCUCUUCUGCAUCAUGUUCAUGUGUGCCCAAGAGUGGCUCACUGUGGGCCUGAACAUCCCACUGCUUUUCUACAACACAUGGAGGUACUUCCACAGCCCCACAGACACCAAGGAGCUGCUUUACGACCCAGCAAGUGUCAUGAAUGAUGAAACGCUAAAGUUCUGUCAGAAAGAGGCUUGGUGCAAGAUGUCCUUCUUUGUGCUUUCCUUCUUCUAUUAUCUCUACUGUAUGAUCUACAACUUGGUGACCUCAUAACAGACUCCUUGGCACAGAGUUAAUACUGGGAUAUCAGAGACAGUUCUCUCCAACUCGUAGCAUUAAACUUUUAACAUAUUAUCUAUCAAAAGAAACAUGGCUUUGGCUUUAACUAUGAAAUCCUUAAAUUCUGCAAAGCUUACAAGCUGCAGAGCAGGAGUCACUCUGCCAUUCAUCACACAUA